AUGUCCAAGGCACGCAACGCCUUAGUUGUCACUGGCUUGGUGAUCUUUGCUGGUACCGGCCUAGCAUUUCCCUUCUACUUUGUGAAAUCAAAGAACAGGCCUAUUAUCGAUUCAACGAAGCCUCUGCCACCACAGGCUACUUUCCGAGGACCGUAUGUGAACACUGGAUCGCGCGACAUAGGGCCUGAUCACACCGAGUACCCCAAGAAGUGA